UCCUCAGCCACUCUUCAUUUGUCGGGCUGCUCUGUCUCAGAGCAGGGGAUUGAUGUGUGACGUUCAGCAUUGACUCAUUGAGACACAUAAUCAACCACGAAACCCCACCUCUCUCUCCAUCUGAACCUCAACCUCUCUUUCUGACACAUUAUUGGGAGUCAGUCUACAGAGCUAGAGAUAGCCACAGCAGUGCCAAGCCAUGCGUCCAUCCAACUCUGUGACCUUUGAACCCAGGGUGGAGCGAGGUGUUCCCUGGGGUCGCGACCUCUUUACCUUUGUGACAUCAGCAGCAGGCCACAUGAUGCGGACACUCCAGAGACCAAGGAAGAACAGGCCAUCCAAACGUCAAGUCAACCACCGGCGCUUCCUACACAACAUGAUCCAGAGGAAGUUUGCAGAGAUAGAGGCAGCCAAUCCCCAGCUUGUGUCUGUCCUCUUCUCAACGGAGGUAACGAAUAGCGACACACCUUCCCCAUCACGACAGCCAAUAACCACUGACCAAUCUAACAGCACCUCUAAAGAAGACUCCCCUCCAGCUCCUGUAAGUGCAGAAGCAGACCUUUCCCUUUGUUCACAUGAAACUGAAGCCCUUGCAACAGAACAGAAAGACCCUGGAGCCCAAUGGAGGAGACUCAACCCCAAACAUCUCCAAAUGGAUCAGUCCAACAGCAACACUCCAAGUAAAGGAACAUACCAAAUGACUCAUAAACAGUGGGGCAGAACAGAAAAUCCAACUGACUAUAGAUCAUCCAUAACAUCAGAGAAAACCAUUGUCUUAGAACAAGAGGAGGAACACUUUCACACAGAACCCUUCAGUUGUGAUGUCACUUCAGAGGAGAGCCUUUAUAGCUGGAUAGACAGCAUUAGAGAGAAAUAUGAAACACAACUCAGACACGACUCAAAUUCAAAUAUCACAGCCCCAACUCAAAACCAGAGGGCCCUACCUCUAAACUUGGAUACUUCAACUUUCAACCCAACACCCCUCUCUCCCGGACUCUCCCCUCUGUCCCUAGAUUCCUGUGACUUUGGGGUCCCAACGGUCGCAGACAACUCCGCUUGCUUCCAGUCCCAAAACAAUAUGUCAGACAGUGACACAGUGGAGAGCCAGACAAUGGACAUGUUGAGCCUGUGGGACUCAGAGGUUGAACCACAGAAUGAUGGGGAUCCGCUGGCCCAUCUAGAGACCAUCUGGGGGUAUCCUGGUGAUGAGAGGAGCCUAGGUGAUAAGGCGCACGUUGAUGACAUCAUGUAUCUGAACCAAUCCGAAAGUUUCAUAGAGAAGUUGAUGCUCCACAUCAGCAGCAGCAGGAGUGACGGUAGAUCUGAGAUGGAGCGGAUUGACUGUGAUGGAGGGCAGUAUGAAUACGGAUCUGGAUACGGAUGUUCUAUCGAUCCAGUAACAGCCAUAAGAGACUUCAUUAGUGGCCAGGACAGCUCACAGUGUAUGUUGGAGAGCGCUGUGGGAAGACAAGGUACAGAUAGGCAGUUCACCUGUUUAAAUAUUAACCCAAACCAACUGUCCACCUCUGUAGGCUACCAUUGUGACUUCCCAGACCCCAACAUCCUUCAGAGGUCUUAUCCCCAACAAGAUGGUACCUUCUCAUUGGUGAAUGAUGAUAUAAAUCAAAAUUGUAUUCCCUAUGAGGGAGUGGCCAGAUCCUUCCCGGCCCCAGUUCACACCCCUCAUCCACAUCAGGUUCUGACCCCGCCCCUGGAAGAUGAUUGGCUGUUCACUGAUAUCAUGGGGGCCCAUCAGUGUGAGUAGUGGGUCCCGCUACUGCCCAAAUUCGCUGCAGUGCCACUAAAAAGGGGGAAUGAUACUUUACCUUAUAAAUGAUCUAUUGUGGUUUGACUGUAUUACUGUAUUCACUUCUUUAUGUGUGUAAUGUUAACUUAUUGAUAAAUGGUGAAACGUAAUUAAAUAAGUCAGUGUUAGUCUCUCCUUUCAUUCAAUUACAGUAAAUGUGUACAUGUCACUGAGUGUUCACCAAACCAAUUAACACAUUGAAACACACACAAUGUCAAAACCAACAACAUAUA